AUGUUGUUUAAAUCUAUAGUUACUUACUUAUCCUUGGCAUCAUCUGUCUUGUCCAUUGCUUCCAUUAAAGUCGAAGGUAAUGCGUUCUGGAACAACGACAGUGGUGAAAGAUUUUAUAUUAGAGGGGUUGACUACCAACCCGGUGGGUCCUCCGAGUUGGAAGACCCUUUGGCUGAUGCCAAGGUCUGUGAAAGAGACGUCAAGUAUUUCCAAGACUUGGGUAUCAACACCGUUAGAGUUUACUCUAUCGAUAACACCAAAAACCAUACCGAGUGUAUGGACACUUUGGCUCAAGCUGGUAUUUACGUGAUUCUCGAUGUCAAUACCCCACACUCCUCAAUCACUAGAAGCGAUGCUGCUUGUUCUUACAAUAGUGACUAUUUGCAAGAAGUAUUUGCAUCUAUUGUAGAAUUUGCCCAGUUCGACAACACCUUGGGGUUCUUUGCUGGUAAUGAGGUUAUCAACGAUGGUCCAUCUUUAGAAGCUGCUCCUUACGUCAAGGCUGUUGUUAGAGACAUGAAAACUUUUAUCAAGAACAGAGGAUUAAGAACCAUCCCUGUUGGUUAUUCUGCUGCCAGUGUUGAUGAGUAUAGAUUACCAUCUGGUCUUUAUUUCAAUUGCGGAGACGAUGACUUGGCCAGAAUCGACAUGUACGGUAUUAAUGACUAUUCCUGGUGUGGCGACGCCAGUAUGACUACUUCCCAGUAUUCCCAGGAAAUGAAAGAUUUUGCAAACUAUACCGUGCCAUUAUUCUUUUCCGAAUUUGGUUGUAAUGCUAAACACCCAAGACCAUUUUCUGAAAUCGAAGCAAUUUACUCCACCGAUAUGUCGUCGGUGUUUUCUGGUGGGUUGGUCUACGAAUACUCCGAAGAGGCUUCUAACUAUGGAUUGGUAGAAUUAAAAGGCGACAGUGUCACCACCAACGACGACUUUGAUAAUUUAAAAUCUGCACUUGAAAAAACCAAGAACCCAUCAGGCGACGGUGGCUACUUGAAAUCUACUGGCGGGAACAACUGUCCUCCAAAAUCAAACAUUUGGAAUGUCACUGAGGAAAUUCCCGACACUCCCAAAGGGGCAUUAAAGUACUUGAAAGGUCUUGCUCAGCCUACUGGUCAUGGAUUUGACGCUUACGUCCAAGGCAACUGUAAUGCCAAGGGAAACGAUAUCGACGACACCGGUAACUAUACUUCUACCAUUACUGCCUCUAGCCGUGCAUCUCCAAGCCAAACCAGCCAAGCUACUAGCUCAUCAACAACUUCUACUGGCUCAACUUCAUCGAAAAAGAACGACGCUGCUGUUGCCAGUACUGGCUUCUUAAGUAUCGUUGCUUUAGCCGCUGGUAUCGCCUUGCUUUAG